UUUGUGAGAUCUCAAUCUCUUCGCCUAAAAGCACUACUAACCACAAGUGCAAUGUACCAGCUGCACUGAUUUUAAUCUUGCAGGAUGGUGUGGCUGCACCACUUGUCACCGUUUACAAUGUGCAAUUUCAUAGAAUCUAUAAGGUCUACCUUGCUUCUAGAUUGGUUGAAAAUCUGUUAAAUUCAUCUCUAUCCCAGCACAGUGCGAGUAUUGUUGCAGGACCUAUCAUUCUCUUGUGAAACCAUCAUUACCGAUGACUUGUAUCUCAUCAAAGGCUUGCUAUCAUUGAGAAGCAUUGAGACACACUGCAAGUACAUGCGUGGCAACUGCUACAAUUUACCAUUUAUGCUUCUCAUAUAUAAGCAUUGAGUUCAGUGCUUCUUUAUGAGAAGCACUCACUUCUGCUUUGAGUUACAGUUCAAAACGAGUAUGUCAGGGAACCCUCCUUGCUGCCUGAUUGACAGCCUAAAGUUGUUACUAACUGUAUUUAUAACAUUGACUAUUUCAGUUUUAGCACUUUUAUCAGGUGCAAUCUCUAAAGCACUACGCUGAGUCAUUUAGGGGACUGGAAUGUCCCUUUAUCCUAAAAUAUAAAAAUUUGAAGCAAGAAAAAAAAAAAAAAACACCCCAUGCAUUUUUCUCUUUGGUGAAUAAACCCCAUGGCUUUUGAAGUUUUAGCAGACAGAGACAAGAUGCUGUAAAGAAAAAAACAACUGUUUAGCUAACUAGUAUCAAGGAAGUUUUAGCAGUCAGAUGUUACAGCAUUUUAAGCAUUAAGCGUUUUUACCACUGUUUUAUAAAACAAAAUUAACUAACAAAAUUACAUUUCGAAAUUACCUUCUGAUGUCACUGGGAGAAGCUGGGAGAGGUCCUCUUAUGAGUGCAUGUUAGAAUACUUAUGUUUAAACAUGAGCACAGUUGGUGUAGUGUUCACUGUCACAUAACUGCAAUUUGCAUUAUGUUUUUCUGGCACAUUCUUUAAAGUAAUCAGUCCAUGUGACUGAAUUUGCAAUUUUUAUCUCCAAGCCCAGCACAAUAACCCUGCUAUAAUCUGUACUUUACUGCCUUGCAAAACUAAAUAAAUAUACCUCUGUGACUGAGCUCUGUGUGGCAGAGAAAGAAUGGAUAUGAAAGGUAUCACUGGCCAUUAAUAGUCCUAAUAUUAAUAAGCAGACCAUAUUCAACAAUAGAGAAUAGUCACUUUAUUGAAACAAAUAGAUAUGAUAGAGAAGAAGUCUGAUAAUUACAUAAUCCCUCCUCUGCUUCAUUUCAGAAACAGGUUAACAAAGAGAUGAGUCCCAACUAAAGGAUAGGGUUCCGAAAUUGGCCAACUGCCACAUUAAAGUAACAUUGUUGUGUGUUGUGAAAACAAAAGUGUAUUCCAAAUACUAUAGUGCCUUCUGCCCCUUUGCCAUCCCGCCUCCCACCCAUGUAUUAAACCUCCCCGGCUGCAAAUAAAAAGGUAAAAACCUUUUUUUCACUUACCUCAAUUAAGUGCAAUUGGGACGGGCUUCUCUUCCGUCAACGUCACGGCAAUUCCUAAUGUGCAUUUUCUAUGGGGUUUUUCAAGACACUGGAUGUCCUCAUGCAAAGUGUGAAGACGUCCAGCGUCGUUUCGCAAAGUCAAACUCUCUGGGGGUGCAAGGACAGUGCACCCAAACCACUUCAUUGAGGUGGAGUGGCCUGGUUGUCAAUAGUGUCCCUUUAACAAGUGAAAGCAAGCAAACAAAAUAAAUAAAGCUACCAGUUAAAGGGGUCAAUAUGACCCCCAUCUAACUAUAUGGAGGGUAAAGACCUCAAUUAUGUCCCACUGUGUUUUAUGAGACUCUAUAGUUGUGAGGCAUAUUUUCCAUUAAAGCUGUUGCGGGAGGUGAAAGUGAGCAAUAUUUCCAAUAAAAUUAGUGAAUUUUUAAUAUCCCUGGACCAUCCUGUUCUUUCCUGAAAUCUGGACAUCAUAUUUGUUGUUUGGGAAUGUACCACCUAAGCUUUAGGGAAUGAUCAAAACUUUUAUUUUGCUCCAUACCAGUGAGUACAUAUUCACUUGUUCUGCACUUUUACUGAGUUACAGUGAGCACUAUAUUCUGUUUUUUGUUCUUAUUAAGAUAUUACCACAUUGAGGAUUCCUGCCACCGAUAUAUCAAAAAGUAGAAAUUUAUACAACUUCCCACUAAUUACUGUGAGCCACCAGAAAGCUCCAUUAAAUGUGAAUGUAAUUUGGCUAAAUAUACUACACUAUAUUGAUGCCUAUUCUGUUUAUCUUUCAUGCCUUCCAGAUCAUCCCCUAUUGGAGAAAGAGAUACAUUGCAUAUCCUUAAGCGGGGAUUAUACCUCCCAGACGCACAGAUGUCAAGCUAAAUGAUAGCUCUAUACACUCAAAGUUACCCCUGCUUUGAAACGUCUUGGGACCACUGAAGUCGAUGAGAAAAUAGAGAUGGAUAAUUCUGACCUUGAAAAGGGUGUCACCAUUGAUGACAUUCUAGCAAGAUGCAUCCAAACCUUCGACUCUGAAGGGAAACCCAAAGAUCCAGAACUUGUCCAGAUGUUCCUGAUGAUGCAUCCUUGGUAUAUACCAUCUGGAGAUCUUGCAAAGAAGCUUUUUGCACUUUCAGAGGCUGGUGGUAACUUGGAACGAGAAAGGAUCUGCAAUCUUGUGAGAUUCUGGAUAUCGGAGUACCCAGCUGAAUUUGACCUGAAUCCUGAACUGGGAACGCAAAUACGGGACCUGAAAAGAGCUUUAGAAAACAAAGGAAACCGGAGAGAGAGCAGCCUAAUAGACAUUGAGAGUGUCCCAUCCUAUGGCUGGAAACGACAAGUGACACAACGUGGACCAGUUGGUGGUAGAGUACGGAAAACAUCCCUCCUGUUUGAUCACCUUGAUCCAGCAGAGCUUGCAGAACAUCUAACACACCUGGAGUUCCACUCUUUCUCCAAGAUAUUGUUUCAAGACUAUCACAGCUUUGUCCUUCAUGGAUGCACAGUGGGGAAUCCUGUGCUGGAGAGGUUCAUAGCCCUUUUUAAUGGUGUAUCCCAAUGGAUCCAGCUGAUGGUACUCAGCAAGCAUACGCCACAGCAAAGGGCAGCUGUCAUUAAACAAUUUGUGCAUGUUGCAGAGAGACUGCUUCAGCUACAAAACUUCAACACUCUCAUGUCGGUGGUGGGUGGGCUCAGCCACAGUUCUAUUUCUCGUCUGAAGGAAACUCAGUCCCAUAUCAGUCCAGAGACCACUAAGGUGUUUGAUUCACUCUUGGAGCUUCUAACUUCUUCAGAUAACUAUUCAAGGUAUAGACGCAGGUUUGCUCUUUGUGAAGGUUUCCGUUUCCCAGCUCUUGGUGUGCAUUUAAAGGACCUGAUGGCUCUACAUGUGGCUCUUCCUGAUUGGAAUGAUAAGGCCAAAACCACCAUCAACAUCUCCAAAAUGCGUCAAGUCUACAAAGUUGUUCAUGAACUCACAGAAGCCCAGAGGUUGGAGCCACCGGUGAAGGCAAACUCAGAUUUACUCAAUUUGCUCACGGUUUCUUUGGACCAAUAUCGCUCAGAGGAAGAGAUUUACCAACUGUCUCUUCAGAGAGAACCACGGGCACGAUCUUCGCAAACAAAUAUAAAAUCAACUCCAUCCCCAUCACCUCCAAUGGAGGAAUGGGCAUCCCUCAAAGCUAAACCUGAUCAAGCAUUGCUGUGCCAGCACAUAGAGAAAAUGGUAGAGUCAGUGUUCAGGCUAUUUGAUGAAGAUGGUGACGGUCAUAUCUCGCAAGAAGAAUUCCACACUGUUCGUAGUAACUUCCCUUAUCUGUGCGCCUUUGACGAGAUUGACCAAAAUCAAGAUGGAAGGAUCAGCAAACAAGAGAUGACCUCUUAUUUUAUGCGAGCUAGCUCGGUGUUGGAUUGUAAAAUGGGAUUUAUCCACAAUUUCUCAGAGCGGACAUUCAUACGACCUGUGUCUUGCCAACACUGCGGAAAUCUGAUACUUGGAAUUUAUAAGAAGGGCUUAAAGUGCCGAUCCUGUGGGGUCACUUGUCACAAGCAUUGCAAAGAUCGUCUCUCCAUAGAGUGCAAGAAGAGGUCAAAAAGUGUAAAUGAAAAGAGAGAGUCAUCUCACAAUCCUCGCCAAUUCUCCUUCUCCUUACCAAGGUCAUUUAAGAAAACAGCAGUACAGCCAGACCUGAAAGAAGAAGAACCACAGGUGGACGAUGACGGUGUAUUUGAUGAUCGUUUAUAACCAGUGUUGUGGAUAGUCCCUUAGUUUUCUCUGAUGAAGAGUUCUUCUGUUGGAGAGAGCGACCCGUGCCACUUAUUGAGAGACAUUCUUCAAGAGGACCUGUCUGUUCUAUGGCAAAGUCAUUUAUUUGCUGACACUGCUCUCUGCAAGACCACUUGACCGCGCUUGAAAGAUGCUCUGUUUCUCCUCAUAGGAAAGAGACACUCGAAUGACUCUUAAAGUGUAGGGAUCAUUUUCUCUGCAAGAUGUGUAUAUGUUAAAGUAUUGCAAGAUGUGUAAAUGUUUUUCACCAAGAAUAUCUUUUUUUUUCUGCAAUAAUACAAUUUAAAAAAAGAAUAAAUAAAUAUAUAUAAUUGCCUCUUGGGGACACUCUUGAUAAAGGUAAUAUGUUUUGUCUGUUAAACAUACAAUACAUUUAAAUUGUUUAAAAACAUAUACAUCAAUGGGAUAUAAAAAUGUACAUAUUAAUAUUUUUUAACUUAAAAUGAUGAUGGGAGUUGAGCCUCAAAUGUCCAAUGUACAUUGAUAUAUAAACUGAACCAACGAAAGGAAAGCCAAUACUUUAGUAUUGUCAAAUCG